AUGUCAAAAAGACGAUACAAAGAAUAUUUAAGGGACGACACAGCGGUUAUUCCCAGAACGACUCGUUGGAGAAGUGAACAGUAUUGUGAUGGUCAAGGUGACUCAGAAAAUAGCUCUAACAAUACACCAGCCACUGACAAUUUAAGCCAAUUAAAUAAUUGCAGUAAUGAGCAACUAACAAUUGAUGCUAUCGAGGAAGAUGCAUUGUGGGAUGUUGAUGAUAUUGAUUUCAAUAAAUCUGUGAGUGACCAAAGCAGUGAACAUUCUGAAAAUGGUUCCACAUGGAGUGAUAGCCCUCUUGAAGAAGGAAGUGAUGUCUUGGAUAGAUCAAGUGAUGACUCAGAUAGAUGGAGCGAUGUCUCAGAUGGAAGGAGUGACGUCUCGGAUGGAUGGAGUGAUCAUGACUCGGAUGACUCCCAUUUCAGCGAUGGCUCUCAUCAGGAGCAGCAUAGUGAUCAUGGUUUUGUAAACGGUGGAAACCAGCUAAUUUAUGAAGGUGCAGAUUUAACUCAUGACCAAUCACUUGUGCUCCUAAUGUCCUUCGUUUUAAAACACCAACUGACAGAUCAAGCACUGGGUGACUUUCUUACUAUAAUGAACAUGCAUCUGCCAAAUGUUGUUCCACAGACAAAAUAUCUCUUUUACAAAAAAUUUGAUCACCAAACAUUUGUGCAUCAUUACUUUUGUGAAAAGUGUUUUUUUUACUUUGGCCCAAGUAGCAAAUGUGACAAAGAUAAAGUGUGCUCAUGCUAUGUAUCAAAGGAUGUGGAAAGUGCAAAGAGCAAUAAAUCGUAUUUUUCUUAUUGGUCAUUGCAAUCUCAACUUCAGUUGAUACUGCAGGAUGAUUCUGUUGCAGAAAGUAUACUAAACCCACCUGCGAAGGAUCAUGAUGAUGAUAUGUUUAUAACAGAUGCCAUUGAUGGGGAGUUGUACAAAAAAUUGAAGGAUGUUCAUGGUUAUGGCGAAAAGGACAUUUCUCUGCUGUGGAAUGCUGAUGGAGUUCCUGUCUUUCGGUAUGUAUUUUAUGCCUUUUAUAGACUUAAAGGGCAUAUGACUCGAACAUUGACUGUGUCAUUUUUUAGUCUAAUUUGAAAGAUAAUUGAAAACUGUAGAGUCACUUCCGUGACAGAUAUUUGUUUUCUUGCUUUAUUUUGAAGAUAUUUUCUAUGAUACAGCUGGGUGGAAAUUUUUUUUCUUCUGGGAACAUGGGUCAAAGGCUAGAAAUUUUCUUAGGCUGAUUUUCGUACGCUUGUGCGUCACAAUGCUUGUCUGUUAUAUAUCACAUGAGUUAUGAUCAACUAAUAAGGAUCUAACGCUCAACCAAGUGUCCUAUAAUCUAAUGUUAUGAUUGAAUAGGUUGUUACAUGUUUCAUUUUUUUAAAAGUACUUUAUUACGAUGGUAUACCCUAUCUUCUGUUUUUAUGCAGAUCAUCCAAUAAAGAUCUUUGGCCAAUACAAUGCACUAUUUUAGAGCUGCCUGUGGAUCUCCGCAAAAAGAAUAUUAUUAUGCCAGCAUUGUGGUUUUCCAAAUGCAAAGUAAAGAUGGAACUUCUACUACAGCCACUUGUUGA